CCAGUCCCUUUAAACCUAAAAAAAAAAAAUUCUUUCUGCAGCUUUCUUCUCCAGCCUUUCUUCCCCAUCUAGUCGGCAGCCAUGGCUUGACGAAGCUAAUUUUGCAAUUUUACCUCACCGUGCCUCCGUCUCUCUACACUUCCGACCUUCGUUUUUUUCGAUUUCACCCCGGGCUUAAGCCUACCCAAGCCUGAACGUGGUUCCGCCCCUGUGACUAGGGAUUUGGACAGUGAAGAACUGUUGGAACAAUUGCCUUCCUUGCAGCAACUUCUGUAUAGUCUUGUUGGUUGUCGGUUGAAGGUCAUUGCCGCCUCUGUCGUCGCUGAAUACACUCACCUUGAUCUUGUGUUGUUGCCGACUACACUCCCUCCCACUGUGCCGUCGCUGCAACAGGUAUUCGCCUGCGUCUACUGUGGCUAUGCUUAAGGAAAGAAUCGUCACCGAAUGGCCUAAAGAGAGUCAACUUCCUACUUCUAAUGAUAAGGAGACAGAGGGACAGUCCUUUUUUGAAGCUCAGGAUUGUGUUAAUUCGUCAGUACUCCCAGUGUGCAAUGUAGUUACCCGAGAUUCAGUAGUUAGUAAUGAAGAGGUCGUUGACAACAGCAAUGUAAGGCUAGAGUUUGAGGAAGUGGGUUUCUUUUCUAAUUUGGAAAGGCCAGAUAAUUUUCCUCAGUCCGACUUUCCAUCUGGAUGCCGUACCAGGAAGUUCCAGCCAAAACUCAAGGUAGUAUCUGGCAAAGAAACUUCUGAAACUAUAAACAUGGAUGGUUCAAUUCCUACUUUCCCUUCAGAUGAUGUCCUUGAUCAAUCCUCCAUGAGCUUCAGCGAUCUUAUUUCCCCUGGUCCUCUUACUUCCGGGCUUCCGAAUGAGGAGCAGAUAAACCUCGCAGAAGUUUCUCACUCCAGUGACCCAAAUGUGUUGCUUCAAGAAGAAUUACCUGGAGAGACUAUUAAGGAGAUUUUUAAAAGUAGAAAAAGAAAGUCAUCUUCUGUAUUGAGUCCUUCUCAAAAGUCUGGUCACUCUUCCUUAGAUGGUGACAUGGGUGGAAAUGACAAAUCAUCAAGGCAGCUGAGAAAAAGGACACCUGCUCCACAACUUCGUGAUGAACCCGAGGAUGAAGCUCAUGCCAAUAAUGAAGAUGCAGCAGAAAUGGCAUCUCAAAAGAAAAGGGCUUCAGAAAAUCCAAAGAAACCUGAAGCUGAGAAGGGGAAAAGAGUUCAAAGACAGACGAGCAAGAAUGAUGCGUCUGAAAAAUCAGCUCAAAAAGCACACAAGAAGUUUUCUCAUUCCACCCGUCGGAAAAACAGAUUGAAAGAUUUGCUUUGCAUGCCAGAGGAGGAAAUCGAUUUUCAAAUUCUUCCUGUCAGAGAUAUACUAUUAUUUUCCGAGUACAAGGAGCGUUUAGCAAUCAAAGAGGCAAAAGCAUCAAAGAAUAGUUCAAUUAAUCAAAGUGCUGCAAAGUCUUCCAACGUGGAAGAUUCUUAUAAUGAAGAGGAUACUGUUACUUCUGAGCCAGAAAAUGAUCAAUCAAAAGCCUUAUUCAAUUACCACUCCUUCAUGGACAAAACACCCAAGGCAAGAUGGUCAAAACAAGACACAGAAUUGUUUUAUGAGGGACUUCAGCAAUUUGGUACUGAUUUAUCUAUGAUACAACAACUUUUUCCUGGAAGAACACGUCAUCAAAUCAAGCUGAAAUAUAAGAAGGAAGAACGUCAACAUCCGUUAAGGCUUUCUGAAUCUCUGAGCAAUCGUGCUAAAGAUCAUUCUCACUUUGAGAAAGUGAUUGAGCAGCUACAACAAGCUGCUACGCAGGCAGAACAAGAGUCUAACAGGGAUGUCUCAGCUGGUUUGAUCGAUGAGGAGGCAGAGGAGGCAGAGUUGAAUCCCAAAACUAAUGAGGAAGUGACGAAACCGGAGCAGGAGGAGAAUGAAACGGUGAAAGCUGAGUAUGCAAAUGUAAAUGAAGUUCAUAGUCCUCCAAAAUACGAAGAAGAUGUCGAUGAUGAUGCGGAUCUAUGGAGUUCAUAUAAAAGUGUAUUUUAGUGAUAAGAGUUGAUUUAUAUUGCCUUUCUGCAAUUUAUCUAUUCAUAUCCUAACCCCUUGUGCUAUGUAGGACACGGUUAUGGAGAAACGGGAUACUUGUAUACAAACACAGGGAAACGGCAUUAUUUUAAAGUAUUUUAUGUUAAAAUGAAGUUUAGUAUCCGAAA